AUGCUGAACCGGCCACUUAGUGAACUCUUCCUCUGGCAUCCGGGAUCUCCAGUCAUUCCAGCACAUGAUCCUCCACCAUGUUACAAAGAAAAGGAAGAUCGCAACCAAUACCCAAUUCAUCCAUUCGCUUUGAUUAUCACACCUCCAGGUCAACCAAAAGUGGUCAUUACCGAUGGAGCAAGCAUUGGGAAGUCGUCAAAUAACUCAACUGCCUUACCUUACCAUGCGGCAAUCUGCGAGCCUGAGCCACCAACGCAAAUCACACAAAGGAUCAAGGACCUCUAUGCUACAGCCACAGGCACAUUGCCGCCGUUCUUGGUCGAGCAUCUUGUGCACUUACACGUGCUGGGUCUGAAUGAAGAUGAGGAAGACAGAGGAAUCUUCGAUCGGAUACGGGAAGUAUUUGAGCCAAGAGAUCAGAUCAGAGAAAUUGAGAGUAUAUUGGUGGAAUUGAGCUUGAUUGUGGCGAGGUUAGUGAGUAGGUUAGUGAGGCAUGCUCAAUUUGUGAGUGGGGAAGGUGAGGAGGAGGAUCGAAGCGGGUUUUCGAUGGGAUAG